CCUGCAGCAACAAGAGGUCAGUGCGUAAACGUGGAGCAGCAGCAGAUCCAGUCGGAUCAUCCAGGCCUGCAUGCGCACUCACCCACACACACACACCACAGACACACACCACAGACACACACCACCAGCAGCAGCAGCAGCAGCGGGGAUCUGAUCCACACAUCUGCGUCGCAAUGCCGCUGAAGAACGGCAACAGCGUGGGUCUGGAGAGACGCAUGGACCUGGCCUCGCUCUUCUGCAUGAUCGGUCGCCACGGACCCGCGGUGGCUCUGGCCGUGAUCGCGAUGGCGUCGGUGCUGGUGGGUUUCAUCAUCUACCGGAACGUGAGGGGGAAGAAGCGGAGGAAGGCCACGGCCGCAGCCGGGGACGGCGACGGCGAGAGCCCCGGAGCGCAGAGGGACGCGUCGGGGGCGAGUCCCGGGGAUCCACUCAGCUCCUCCGUGGAGUCAACAGAUGGGAGCGAUGAAGUUUCGUCAGAGAUGAAGGACGACGCUGAUCUAUCCCAACGUGAUCUGAAUCUCAGGCAUCGUCGUUCUCCUGCUGCUGAAACUAAACCUUCUUCUUAUUCUCCGGCUGAGAGCGACGAGCACGCACGUGCACCUGACUCAGAGGCCGUGACAGUUGUGCACGACUCUUACGAAGAAGCAGAGAAGUGCGCAGAGGAGGCCACUCACAACCUGACAUGUGAUGCGACCACGUCGGCUGGAAUGAAGGUGGAGAGCGCAACAGAUGACAGAGUUAGAGAAGACGUCAACGAGGGGGUCCAUGGUAACGAAGGCUGCUGGACGGAGCCUGUGUUGAUUCACGAUGAGCGACAUGAGGAGGUUGAGAAGGUGUUUGAGGCCGAGGAUCAGGACGAUGAGAGUGAGACCAUAGACGAGGAGGAACAUCAAGUCUGCUUCGUCCAGACCCUUCGUAUGAGUGGUGAUGACGAUGAUGUUGAACAUAGACGACAAGAUAACGAAGCUACACCGGAGACAAAUGGAGUGGAGGCCGGCGUGAAUGUACCCUCCAUUCGUAUCGAAGAUGUGUCCGUCUGUUGUGUCUGUUACGGCAAAGACGAGUUUGAAGAAGAGAAUCACCAUCAAGAUGGUAUUGACGACAGUAAUCAUUCCAGUUAUCACUUCUCUCCAGAGGAAGAAAAGGAAAAUGUGGGUGAGGAGGCUGAAGAAGAGUUUGUAGACCAACAGUUCGUUCCUCAACCAGACGAAAUCUGUCCCUCGACUUGUGAACAGGAACCAAACCAGAUUGAACCAAAAAAUAAAAAUAAUGGUCUCAUGAAUGAUCAAGGGAAUGGAGUCCUCCCCACCGUGGCUGAUGAAGCGAGAGAGGAAACCAGAACUAGCGAUGACGCUGUCGCCCGUGGUGAAGAACAUGACGGUUCAGGUGUGGUACUCGACUCUUCUCUACAUCGUUUGAACGAGCCAGUGCAGGUUGAUAAUCACGACGAUCCGUCAGGUAUCAACACUAAUGCAGAAACUCAAAUCUCAGGCGUCGCGGAUUCCUUGGAAUCGAGAUCGGACUGUCAACAAACACAAAGUGAAGAGAAUGAAGAGGAAACCGUCAAACCUCUGGAUAAAGACACAGAUCUGACUGUUUCUGGAUCCGACGUACCAUCGCUCCAGGAAGAACUUUGUAACUUGAGAAAGAACAUAAUACUGGCAGAAAAAAUCUCUCAACCCCAAGUGUUAAAAAUUAAAAAGAUUUUUGCUGCGACUGGUGCAGCUGUUUGCGAUAACGAGACGAUUACCACAUCUGCGAUUUGUGAAGAAUUAUCUCACCCUGACACGUUGGCUCUAUCCCAAGACCAAGAAAGUCACCGAAUGCAAAAUACAAGUCGGGACCUUAACCCUCCCAGGUGGCAGCCUCCCUUACGGUCUUUCGAGCAAAGUGAGCUGAGGGAUCAGGACGAGGGCAGCGUGUGGUCUCCUGGGUUUGGAGCAGAGAGCGGGAUUUCAAGCAUGACCGCCAGUCCUGAUUUGCAAGAUGCUGGUGACGAGUUUGGCGAGACCAUAGAAAAUAUGAUAUUUCCACAACUGGAUUGUGAUCCACAGUCAGAAGAAGGGACAGAGACUCAAAACAGCCUCUAUGUUGCUGUUUCUGUCAUUACAGAAGAUACAGCAGGUACGAUGUUCGGGCCUUACCCAUCACUUCUCUCCCAUCAGCCCCACAGUGAGCAACCGGAUGAGGCCCAGGACGACUCGCUUGCAGACAACGAGGACACGUUUGGUCAUGAGAUCGAGGACAGUUACCACAGAGCACUGGAGCAGGUUAUGCUCCAGAUCUCAGCAACUUCAGUGAACACGACCGAGGAGCUGAGGAUUCAGACCGAUGUGAAGGCUGUUGUUGAGGUUGUACAGAUCAAGGAGAAGAAGGAAGACGCGAGAGCUGCAAAGAAAAUGGAAACAGAGGCAGAGACGGAGAAAGAAGACGACUAUGAGAAGACUGAAAUCAGUAUCAUGGAAGCGACUAUGGACAAUAACGAGUGGAUCACGGACAGUAGCUACCAAGUCCUCCCCUGGAUGAACAUUACUGUCCCAUCCUUUUCCCAAGACCACAAAAACGCCGUUCAGCCCCCCACUGACGCUCACAGCUCUUCUCUCACCGACGUUUCAUGUGUAGAUACAGAUUCUGCAGCUUCAGCUGACGUCAAACAAACCAGCACGCUCGCUGCUGCUGACGAAAAUACGGAAAACAACAAAAAGGUCGUGGCCGUCCAGCCCAUGCCCCAGAAUGUUAACGUGACGUUCCGCAUCCACUAUCUCACCCACUCGCCGUACCAGACGGUGGCCGUCACAGGAAACCAGCAGGAGCUGGGGAACUGGAAGGAUUUCAUCCCGCUGGAGAAGGCCAAGGACGGGCAGUGGGCCACGGUUGUCAGCCUCCCUGCAGAGAGCCAUGUGGAGUGGAAGUUUGUGCUGGUGGAAAAGGGUGAGGUGUGUCGAUGGGAGGAGUGUGGAAACCGGCUUCUUGACACAGGCUACGGAGAUGAGCUGACUGUGCACAAGUGGUGGGGGCUGUUGUAGGACGAGUCCAAGAGGAAAGGGCUGCGGAGGGGACAGGAAGUUUGACAUGAAACGAGCUGGAUACUGGACCAGAUGAAGUUUAAACGUAUCCAUGAACCCCAUCACGAGAGCCCAAUGAUGAUAUGUUGGACUCAGUCAAACAUGAUGGUAUCUAAACUUUAAAGAAAGAUGUCUACAGGUCAAUGUUCAAGAGAAAUUUGGUUGUUUUUAACGUUACAACGGAAUAUUAACAACAGUUUUGAUAAUUUUACAAAGAUGUUUCUCUUCUAACCCUUUAAAUGUGAAUUUCGUUUGCUUUUGUUCUGUUUUAUGAGGAGGACCCCCUCGGCUGUCAGACCUACUAAAUAAAACAGUCAUUUUACAAAAUAAUCAAAACCUAUAGCAAACAUACACUAGUCCAUUUAAACGUGUAGUAGACAUACAAAUUUAAUUUUAACCACAUUUAACCCAGUUUUUAAUCUGCCCUCUAACGUCCGAUGAAUAUUUUUAACUGUCCUCAAAAAAAAAAAA